AUGACCCUAAUUCCACCCGAUGUCCCGAAACUCAAGGACCAAGCAUUAUGGUCGAACAGCGCCAAUACCACGCUUUUCAACUAUGGCGGACGAGGCGCAAAUUCUACCUCAACAGAUAAUGGGGCCUGGGCCUACAGCAUCUCUGAAGCUUCGUGGCAGGUACAAAUGUCAAGCGUUAAACCCGUGCGCCUCGUUGAUGGCGCAUACGUGAAUGUCCCCGAACUCCAAGCAGCGUAUUGGCUUGGUGGGUACCAGAGUCGCGAUACCACGCCUUCAAUCACGGACGAUACAAGGACCUACGCAAAUGGUAUGAUCCAGUUCAACACUACUACAGAAGUGUAUACCUUGCUCGACGCCCCGUUCACCCCAGUACAGCAGGGCGCGCUGGUCUAUCUUCCCACUCUGCACCAAGGGGUUUUAUUGUAUUUUGGAGGCGAAAUUCCGUCUGUACAAGACGGUAUUGAUGCGCAGCUUUCUCCGAACUCAUGGGAUUACGUUUACGUAUACGACAUUGCAAACCAAACGUGGUAUAACCAAACGACCACAGGUAGAGUGGCGCCUCGGACUCAAUUUUGUGCCUCAGUGGUCCACCAGGAUGGUACCAACUCGUGGCAAAUAUAUGUUAUUGGUGGUGCAGACUUUGAUAGUAAGGAAGUAAUGACCGAUGUGUAUGCGCUCCCCAACAAAACCCACGAUGGCAUCAUGCUAAUCGGACAGGUCAUAUUUGUCUAUCCCUUCGUUCAAAUGUCGUAUGGUAGACAGAUCAUCGGCAUUGGCGGUCGCCAGGCUUGGGCAAAUGACGCUGCGGCUGGCUGCUACGACACUCCUGCUUUCUUAUACGAUGCACAGUCGGAGGUUGUGCGCACCGUAUUCGACCCGUCACUGUCAACUUAUUCAAUUCCAUCCGCCACAGCCGAUGAUAUUGCGGCGUCCCCAGUACCCAGUUCUUAUGACAACAUUACGAUGAGCCUUCUUUUUUCUCGACCAGUAAAUCUCACAAGCACUCAAGAGGUCAGGGAGUCAGUAAACAAAGAAGUCAUUGCGGGAGGGGUCGUCGGUGGAAUUUGCGGUGCAGCCAUCGUCGCCGGGCUCAUCUGGUUCUUCAUAUGGCGCCGACAAAAGGUCAGGAAGAGCACCCUAAAGCAAUUCCCUGGAAAGCCGGGGUCCGAGUUGAAGCUCCAGGGACCUGGGGAGCUUUCCGCCGAGGAGGCAGCUCGAGAGCUCGAUGCAUACUAUUCGCAACGGUCUGAGUUGCAGGCUGAUACGCAGAUGAUUCAAGAGUUGGAAUCUACGACCGUAAAUAGCCGGAGAUAA